AAUUUCAAUAAGAUUUUGAUACAAUAUUGAUAAAUAUGAGUGAUUCUCCCUCUCUGCCUCGUUCUAAACGCCAAAAAUUGGAUAGAAAUGGUAGAGGAGCUGCUCUUGAAAAACUCAGAAAGUUAAAAGGAUCCAAAAAUAAAUACGAGAUUAAAGAUGAAAUAGAGAAUGUGUAUGAAACAGUUGAUGAAAGUGAAUAUGCUAAAACAAUCUUGGAUAGACAGCAUGAUGACUGGAUUGUGGAUGAUGGUACUGGUUACAUCGAAGAUGGACGUGAUAUUUUUGAUGAUGAUGAGCUGGAGCCUCAGACAUCAAGAUCAAACAAAAAAAAAUCAGAGUCAAAAAAACGUCCAAGGGUUUCAGAAAAUAUUAGUGGAAGCUCUUCUAUCAGAAACAUGUUUAGUAAUGUCUCAUAUAAAAAAAAGCAAUCUGUUAAACUUCAAGAUGAUGAUAUUUUAUCAGACAUACUUGGAGAAAUCGAUAACAAUGAAGCAAGCAAAAUAAAUAAAAUAAAGCCUUUAACUAUUGCAAAAAAUGUACUCAAAACCGGAUUUACUGAAAGUGAGUCGGCUGCAGCAAAAGAUUACAUGAAGAAAUUCAAUACAUUUACUGAAAAGUCUUCGUUUUCAUCAAAGCUUGAAAAGAAAGAGGUGAAGAAAGAAUCGGAUGAUGUGUCUUCCAUACCUGUUACAAUAAAUCAGGAUAGAAAUAAAUCAAAAUCCGGUAGUCAUAUAAAUGAAAUAAUAUCUAAGCCAGAAAAUAAAACAAUUGAGGAAGAUUCUUCUUCAAAAAUAAAGACUGACACAACUAAUAAUGAAUUUCAAGAUAUAGAUUUUGCAAUGCUAGAUGAUGCUGAGAAUCAAAUCUCCUCCCCAUCUUGUAUUUCAGAAAAUGAUUUAAAACCUGAAUGCAUUGAGGAAAAAGGCAUUGCAGAAUGUACAAAAUCUAAAGAGGAGGUAACUUUGGAUGCUUCCAUUUCUAUUACUGAUGAACAUUUAUUAUCUGGUUGGCAAACUAUUUGUGGAAAUAUAACUGAAAAUGAAGAAAAUGUGGAAAAAAUGCAAUGUGACAUAAAAGAUAUAAGUGGAAAGCCUUUGAAAAUAUGGUGGUGGGAUGCCUGGGAAGAUCCAAUAAAAAGACCUGGAGAAAUAUUCAUAUUUGGUCGUCUGUCAACAAAUGAAAAAAUGCAUAAACAGUCUUCGAUCACUUCAUUACCUUCAUGUUGUGUUCGUGUUACGAAUAUUGAAAGAGUUUUAUACUUAUUACCUAGAGAAUUUAUGUUGGAUGCCGUCUCUUAUGAAAAAACUGACAAAAAAGUUUCAAUGUUGGAUGUAUAUGAAGAAUUUAAUACAAAGAUUGCACCAGCAUUGAAUUUAAGCAUUUACAGAACAAGAAAGGUAACAAAAAAUUAUGCAUUUGGUUCUGUGGAUAUACCAACUAGUUCAGAAUAUUUAGAAAUUCGUUAUGAGAGUUCUAAAGAUUUACCUAACAUGAAAGUUAGAUAUCUUACAUUUUCUCAUAUUUUUGGAACAACAUCUACGGCAUUAGAGGAGUUUUUGUUGGAUCGCAAGAUUAAAGGACCUUGCUGGUUAGAUAUUGCUGCUGCCCAGGAAGUGAAAGAUAAGCAUUUAAGUUGGUGCAACAUAGAAUUAUUGUGUACAAAACCGAAAGAUAUAUCUAUUGCACCAACUGAAAAAAAUCUGACUCCACCAAGUUUAGUAUUAUCAACGUUAAAUAUACGUACUUGUUUGAAUCCUAAAACUUCAUUGAGUGAAAUUGUGAUGAUUAGUUGCUUGAUACAUCAAUCGUUUCCAGUUGAUAAACCUGCUCCAAAUCCCCCUUUUACACAACAUUUUUGUGGAUUUACUAGACCAUGUAAUAAGGUGUGGCCUGCAGAUUUGCAAUCCAAAAUGAAUAGCUAUAAAAUGACAAAAAUCCAAAAGUGUGAUUCUGAACGUGCUUUACUCAGUUGGUUUAUGGCUAUAUUUUCUAAAACUGAUCCAGAUUUAAUUGUUUCACAUGAUGCAUUGGAUUGUCAACUUGAGAUCAUAUGUCACCGAAUCGCAUCAUUGAAGUUACCUCACUGGUCCAAAAUUGGACGAUUGAGAAUGAGUCAAAUUUUUGGCAAAAGAAUAAAAGAUUGGUUUAUUGGAAGAAUGAUAUGUGAUGUGAAAUUGUCUGCUGAAGAAUUGAUUAAGUCACGUAAUUAUGAUCUUGAUACUUUAUGUACAAAUGUUCUUAAAAUCAAAGAAGGUGAGCGUCUUGAGAUAACAAAUGAUCAACUGGUGACCAUGUAUGAUACUUCAGAUAGUAUUUUAAAACUGAUUUCUUUAACAAUACAAGAUGCUUCAUAUAUAUUAAGAUUGAUGUGUGAAAUGAAUGUACUACCUUUAGCUUUACAAAUAACUAAUAUUGCUGGUAAUCUAAUGUCAAGAACUUUACAAGGAGGGCGUUCUGAAAGAAAUGAGUUUUUGUUACUUCAUGCCUUUAAAGAACGAAACUACAUUGUUCCUGAGAAAAGGGCACGUGAAUAUAUUCGCGAUAAUGAUGGUAAUGAUACCAGUUUAAAAUCUACUCGUAAAAAGCCUGCAUACACUGGUGGAUUAGUUUUGGAUCCCAAAAAGGGUUUCUAUGAUAAAUUUGUAUUGUUAAUGGAUUUUAAUUCUUUAUAUCCCAGUAUAAUACAAGAAUAUAAUAUUUGCUAUACAACAGUUCCAAUACCAGAAAAUGAAAAUGAUGAACUCAUACUGCCAGAUAAAAGUGUUGAGCCUGGUGUGCUCCCUACACAAAUUCGUAGACUAGUGGAAAGUAGAAGAGAAGUAAAAAAGCUCAUGGCAAACCCUGAUCUGGGAUCUGAUUUGAAAAUGCAGUAUAAUAUAAGACAAAUUGCAUUAAAAUUAACAGCAAAUUCAAUGUAUGGUUGUUUGGGUUUCACACUCUCAAGAUUUUAUGCUCCACACCUUGCAGCUCUGGUUACACAAAAAGGCAGAGAAAUUCUUUUACAUACUCAGAAUCUUGUUCAAAAGUUAUGCUAUGAUGUCGUAUAUGGAGAUACUGACAGUAUAAUGAUCAAUACAAAUUCUACAGAUUAUGAUGAGGUUUAUAAAAUUGGCAGCAAUAUCAAACAAAUGGUUAAUAAAAUUUAUAAACAAGUUGAACUAGAUAUUGAUGGAGUAUUUAAAUACCUAUUAUUGCUCAAGAAGAAAAAAUAUGCAGCUGUAACAAUAUCAAAGGAUAAAAAUGGCUUCGUGCUCAAUAAAGAACUGAAGGGUUUGGAUAUUGUACGACGCGAUUGGUCUCAAAUUGCAGUUAUGGCAGGCAACGUCAUUUUAAACGAGAUAUUAUCAGAUAAUGAACUAGAUGAUCGAAUAAGGAAUAUUCAUCUACAUCUGGGAAAGUUUAAAGAAAAUAUGGAGCAAGGUUUAGUUCCAUUGCCUUUAUUUACAAUCACAAAACAGUUGACAAAAAACCCCAAAGAAUAUUCUAAUGGCCAAAGUUUGCCCCAUGUUGUAGUAGCAUUGCGUAUGAAUUCGGAUAAUUCUAAGAGAUUUAAGAAAGGUGACAUGGUUCCCUACAUAAUUUGUGAAGAUGGAACAGAAUUACCAGCUACUCAUAGAAGUUAUCAUGUAGAUGAAUUUAAGUCUUCAGAUGGAAAACUCAAAAUAGAUUUGAAUUACUAUUUAGCACAACAAAUACAUCCUGUUGUAACACGGCUAUGUGAGCCUAUUGAAGGUAUUGAUGCUAGUCAAAUCGCUGAUUGUUUAGGUUUAGAUCCCAAAGCAUUCAAGGCUGCUAUUAACAGAUCACGAAUAGAGCAUAGUGAGGAUGCAGUAACUGAAACACAUCAAUCAAAUAAUUAUGAAAAAUUCAGUCAAUCAGAAAAAUUUUCAUUCAAAUGUCCGAUGUGUAAAUCAGUAAAUACUUUGGCAUCAGCUGUUAAACGGUGUGAUAAUUUAAUAUUACCAGCAUUAGAAAAAUGUGUUAAUACGGAAUGCCAAGCCAGACCUUAUGAAUAUAUUAAUCAAAUUCAGAAUGCACUGACCUUAAGUAUACGAAAGUUUGUUAAACAAUUUUAUGCUAAUUGGAUGAUCUGUGAUGAACCAUCCUGUGCUAGAACAACUCGAAUUCUGUCACAUUGUGUGAAUUCAAAUAAACCUGUAUGUCUGACUUGUGGAAAAGGUGGAUUAAUAAGACAAUAUACUGAAAGUGAUCUCUAUACCCAAUUAUGUUAUUUUCAGUAUAUUUUUGAUAUACAGAAACAUGACACCAAAAAGUUACGACUGACACCAGAGAUUGAAAAUGUCUACAGUAUUUUGAGAGAUACUGUGGAUUCCGUUAUAGAGAAAUCUGCUUACAGAGUUGUGAAUUUAUCAAAAAUAUUUUCAAGACUGUAUCCUAGUGCCUAUGCCGAUUUAGCAAAAUCUGAUAUUGAUAUACCAUGUUAA